ACGUCAUCCGGCACAAAAGAGGGUUUGCAUAACCGACGACUUGGCUUAUGCAAUGAGAAGAACAUGCGAAUGGCAGUGAAUUUUGAUGGAAAGGACUUGAUCCUACGAAGGGAUCCAGUGCUUGGCUCUGAAGUCGACCUUCAACGACUCAUAAAGGAUCGCUUUUAUUUGGCAGAAGAGAACGGAGAGCUAAAUUGGAAGAAAAAUGUACUGCCAGACGUUGAUUUCGACUGGAAGACGUACUUACGAGAUCAUAACCGAAAAAUGAAGUUCGAUAAAUCGUUGCAAAUUGAACCGAUUCCUCUCGAUGACGAGUUCGUCAACCGAUGGGAAGAAUUGAGGGUGGAUUUCGACUGGAAGACGUACUUACGAGAUCAUAAUCGAAAAAUGAAGUUCGAUAAAUCGUUACAAAUUGAACCGAUUCCUCUCGAUGACGAGUUCGUCAACCGAUGGGAAGAAUUGAGGAAUCAGCGUAAUGAGAACGAACUCGGAUUUCUCGUGCAAUCUGAAGAAGCUGCUGAGAAAGACGCCGGAUCAACUGUCGAUCCUAUCUCCACUGUUCUCACUGUAACUCUCGUCGCCACUAUUCGUUACUGGAUACGAUAA